AGUGUGGAGUGGCCCACAGGGAAGACGGACAUUGGGAGCAUGGCAGGCUCACAGAGAGCUAGCCCCCAAGUCCUCGGUCCUCAAGACUGUCAUGGCUACACUGCCUCUGUGCUGCCUGAUGUCCAGGUGUGUGUAUCUCUCCCAACAGCUUCGGUUUUCUCAACUGAGGACACGCGCAUGUGGCACAGGCGUCUCCCUGCAGGAGGGUGACCAGAUGAGCGUCUUCCUUGCCCUGGGGGUCAGAGGUCUCGGGGACCUGGAAGUCUGAUCCCUUCUCUAAGUGAAGUUCAAGAGCGCGGUUCUGCAGCCUUGGCUGGGCGCUCAUCCAGAAGAAUGUGUGCUCAGGAGGACAGUAAAGGUAAGGAGACACGUGAGAGCUCACUCCGGGACCACCAGCCUUGGAUGUGUAAAAGACACACAGGCCCAGGCCUCAGGACCAUAACACGCUUCCACUCCUCAACAUCGCCUCUUGCUUUUUCACCACUUGGCCAGCUUAUGACGUAACACCACCCACUGUAACAGAUCAACCCCUGAAUCGCAGUGUCUUCCGUCAACGUUUAAUUCUCACAUGAAGAGCCCAGGGGAAGAGAAGCACGAUUCAAGAACACGGAGUUCCCACAGCCCAUAGGACCUCGGGGCCAUUCUUUCUGUCCCCAGACAGGCAGAUCCUGCGAGACGACGCAACACGCCGGAUCUGAAAGCGGCUAAGGCACCAGCAGGACAUUUCCUCUUCAUCUGUUUAACUUGAGUUCCACAAGGGCGGGAACUCUGGUUCACCGUUCUAUCCAUUGGCUAAACCGUACUCCAUGACGACACCUAUCUACAGGGGCCGGAAGCGCCUUGUAGCGGUGGCCUGGAGGUGUUAGGGGGCUUCCGUGAGCAUAAGUCAUCUCUGCCUCGCCAGGCCUCCGCCUGGGAUCUUCUUCUCCCUCCUGCGUCUUAAAUGUGGGCCUGUUUCCAGCCUUCCUCUCUCUCCUCUAUCUCCUUCACCUAGGACGUGAGGAGCAUCUGCAUGGUAUGGAGACAACCCCCACAUCGACCUUUUCAGGUAGACAGUUGGCAAAUCUCCAACCUCUUCCAAUGAACACUUCUUUCUUUCUUUGUUUCUCAUCCUGCCCUGUCCACCCAGAGCUGUAGCCCUACAACGCAUCCACGCACCCGGCAAAUAUUUCCGGAGCCCUAACUUGGCCUAGGUUCCCUUCCCUAAGGGGGGAUUUUUUAAAAAUUCCUGAAUCUGAAGCUUGUUUUUAACAUGUUAUUGGGAAGUUCAGUUCAAAGGAAGCAAGAGAGGGAAAAGGGAAGUGAGGAAGAGAGAGAAGGGAAAUAAAUGCAAGGAGGUGACUUUCCAAAUUGAUACAGAUUUGCGGCCAGCGCAGCGGUUGCUGGGCUCCCCAGGGCACCUCCUUGAGCAAGGCCAUGUGCACCGGGGACAGCUCAGAAUGGUCCCAUGACAAGGUGGUGGGCGGCAGGUGAGUGUGAACUGUCUGCCGAUUUCUUCUUUCUCCUGCUCUGUCGGUCAGAGUCUUGCCCGUGGGCGCUGAGCCCCUGCACUUCCCAUGUGUGUUCCUGGCCUCUCCAGGAGGCUGCUGGGAAGCCAGAACCUCUGCGAAUCCACCAGCCCCGGCGCCAGCUUCUUCUCCGCUGGUGCCCUGCUUGCAGGUGCCCGGACCCCUGGUGGUAGCGCUCUUGGAUGUGAGACCAGGAAAACAGCAUGAGCCUUCGCCAGGAUUGCUGAAGCCCGAAAGAGAGCAAGUGGGGGAGAGGCAGAGAGAGGGAGACAGAGAAUUUGAAGCCGGCUCUGUGCUGACAGCAGCGAGCUCGAGGUGGGACUAGAACUCAUGAACUACAAGACCAUGAUCUGAGCCGAAGUCGGACACCCAACCGACUGAGCCACGCAAGUGCCCCCGAAAGAGCUAACAUCUCUUGAACCUUUAACUGCGGCUGGCUCCGAAGCCCCUCCAUGAAUCCCCGAAAGAAGGUGGACCUGAAACUCAUCAUCAUCGGAGCCCUGGGUGUGGGAAAGACCUCCCUCCUCCACCAGUAUGUGCACAAGACGUUUUACGAGGACUACCAGACCACACUGGGGGCCAGCAUCCUCUCCAAGAUUAUCAUACUGGAUGACACAACUUUGAAGCUACAGAUCUGGGACACGGGUGGACAGGAGCGGUUUCGCUCCAUGGUGUCCACAUUCUACAAAGGCUCCGAUGGCUGCAUCCUGGCUUUCGAUGUCACCGACCUGGAGUCUUUUGAAGCAUUGGAUACCUGGCGGGGUGACGUCCUGGCCAAAACGAUUCUGAUGGAACCGUCCUACCCCAUGGUGGUGCUGGGAAACAAGAUUGAUCUCGCAGACCGGCAGGUGCCCCAGGAGGUAGCCCAGGGCUGGUGUAAAGAGAAAGACAUCCCCUACUUUGAAGUCAGUGCCAAGAAUGACAUCAACGUGGUACAGGCCUUCGAGAUGCUGGCCAGCCGGGCUCUGUCCAGGGUAAGUGGCUAUGGUGGUAUCAUCUUCCAGGGCUGCCCCGAGGAUGGGAAACUGGGGAGCUUCAGAGAACAACACACUGGACUCAGUAUCGAAGCAUCUUAGAGAAUUACCUCACAGACUCCAUCAAGCUCUCACCGGAAGACCAGUCCAGGAGUAGAUGUUGCUGAUCUUUCAGUCUCCCGCUCUGAUGCCCAGACAAAGCCUGCCCACGGCCUGGGCAUCCCUGCCCCCACCAGCCCUUCCCUACCCCCCCCCACCCCCACCCCAUCUGCCCAAGCCCAGCUCAGGCACUACCCUCAUAUCUGUGCUGGGCCCAGAUCAGAGCACAGCCCCUGCCUCGGGCUGAGUGUAGUGAGGACAGGGCUGGGCCCUCAGGGGUCCCGAUGGAACCCAGAAUGUCACAGCCAAAUCUCGGGCCGGGAGGAGUCACCGUUCCCUGGCUGGCUCCAGCUUUCCUGCUACCUGCCCUCCCCAAACACACUCUCGCCCCAGAACGCACAUCUCUGCAGACAGGCCACUGUAUCUGGAGUCCCAUUACGUUCUCCUGGGGACUGGCCUUCCUUGCUCAUACUGCCACGCACCCGCAAAGCCACGGCACAGCUUUGGACAAGGGUGCAGCUCAGACCACCCCGGCUACCAGCGCCAGAAAGCGAGGGCCUGCCUCAACCCCUGGUGGCCACUGUCCAGGCCUGGAACGAUACUCUGCCGCCUCCAGGGCAUAGGACAGAGGGAGCCCAGGAGAGGCACCCAGGACGGGCUCAUUUCUCUCUGCUGGAUGCGCAGACAACUCCUCUAAAUCUCUCCAAGGCUCAGCUGGCUCAUCUGUCAAAUGGGGGUGGUUUGUGUCCUGCCGACCUCAGGGUGUAUGGUUUCGAGGACCAGAAGCUCUGCUUAAAUCUCAGUUGCUCUUGUUGAUAUGCAUUUAUUUAUUUCUCCAACAAGUAUUGUUGAACAUCUGCUAUGUACAAUGCGCCGAGGUCCAGUGACAAAUGAAACAAACGAGGACCCUGCUCUCCUGGACCCGGCUUUCCGAUUAGGGAGAGAAGCAAUAGGCACAGAAUUUAAACAGAUAUUUUCAAAUAGCAGAUGAGUGCUUGGACAAAGCAACCGAGGUAAUGGGAUAGAAAGGGACAGAGACUGGGGUUGGUGCUGUUUCAGACAAAGUGGUCCAGGAGGGCUUCCCUGAGGAGGUGUCAUUUGGCCCCAGGACUAGAGAAUGAACAGAUGACUUUCAUUAGAGAUCUGGACAGAGAGCAUUCCAUGGAGAGGGAGCAGAAAGAGCCACGGCCCUGAGGUAAGGACAAAUUUGCUGUGUUCCAGGAACAGUGAAAGAACUUUCAUUUACCUGAGGACUCAAAGCUGAUAUCCCAGAGACAAGCAAAAGGGAUCCUGCCCCCUGAGUGGCUCCUUGAUGCUCUGCUGACUGGCCACCAGAGGGCAGCAGUGCUCCUUCCCUCCCGUGCUGAGUGGCCAGUGGCUUCUCUGACCCUUGAAGAAGGGCUUUUCUCUCUAUGCUGAUCCUCAAAGCUUGUUCUCAGACUGGGGGCAUGUUUGGUCCUGCGAGAUUUAUGGGGCAGGAGAAUCCCAAUUUCUUACAGCUAGGAAGAACUGAGCCAAAACUGUAACAUCAAUGAUUCAGGCAAGAAAUCCACAUAAGUGACAAAUGCUAGAAUUGAGGGACCUGGAAAACUCACGGACUCCCUCUCCCUGCAGAUUCUUCCGGCAACAGAUAGCAUAGACAGGACCCAGCCUGAAGAGGGUGGGCAAAAUGACCACUCAGAGGCUCCCAAGCCACAUCCAUGCCCUCCGUGGAAGUCUCCUGUCUACACAGACGUAUCUGGCCCUGAGCUCCGAGCAAAGCUGGGACGUGAGCCCAGGACUUCUGAUGGCAUCUGACUCUGAAGAUACUCCCAGAGGCAGGGGAUCCUGCAGGGGUGAAGGGGUCAGCAGGAGAGUCUGGGGAGCCUCAUCUGCCCACCCAGCUGUGGAGUAAGGGCUGGCUCAUCCCGGGCAGCGGCACGGAUCUGGCAGAGAGCAGGUGGCUGGGAGCACGCCGCCGUCUCUGUGUCCUUCCUGGGAGUGGCAUUCUACACCUCACACGGCUCUCUUGGGAGUGCAUCGGACCGUGGAUGGGAUGUGUGGCGUUUGGGCUUCUGUAUCCUGUGUAUGCAGCACCAAUGGACGUGUGAACUGUUUCAAAACGUGUGCAACAAAUAAUAAAUGUGUCCUCCUUUCUUGUUA